UUUAGACGCCAUUUUAUCCAACUUCUCGCAGGUUUUCGUAUCGAGUGAAGUUGCGUUCUAAUAUUCAAAAAUUCAAAUAAGUAACCAAACUUUUUAGUUUUUUGAAUUAUGUACUUUUUUUAUAUUAAUUCUUUAUUAUAAAUUUAUAGUGGACUAUAUUGAAGGUAAUUACGUUCUGUGAUUAUUUACACCUUGCCUUUUCUGUGAAGCGUGGCAGAAAAAUGGCGCCUUUGGCUCUAAAUUGCCCUUUGUGCUGUAACGAAACUUUUCCUUCCCAUGUCUCAUUGAAAUAUCACCUUUUAAGUAUGAUAGAUAAUUUAUUUUGCCCGUCGUGUAACGAACGAUGCGACGACUUAAUGGAUUUAGCAGAUCAUUUAGGCAGGGAGUGCACAAACCUGCCAAAAGAAAAAGAACCAUUUCCAUACCCCUUGGUGCAGUACGGUGAAAAUGUAGAUCAACCUAGCGAAGAAGCUACACAUAAUAAUUUGAUUCAAGAAAAGGAUAUCAAAAGAGAAGCUGGGGAAGAAGCUACCGAAAAUUUAAAUUAUAACACAGAGUUUGAUAAUGAAAUUACUGAGAAUGGCAAUGAAGAAGAAAACGCUGAAGAUCCUUCUACCUUGCUCUAUACAUGCCAAAUGUGCAACAUGAGCUUCAAUUCAGUUAAAGAGCAUUUGGCUUUAUACCAUGAAGGAGAAGAAGUUGUAUUAGAAGGUAAUGAGGGAAAUGGGGAACAAGUGUUAGUCUAUGAAGGUGAACAUGAAAAUAUGGAAGUAGAUAAUACAGAUGAUUUAGAAACGUCUCAAUCUCAGAAUAAUGAAAGCAUAUCAGAAGAGAGCACAACAAAUUUAGAUGAGCCUGAAACUUCAAAUCCUAUUACAACUAAAUAUAUUGUUGAGAAUGGAAAUGUGAGAAAAAUAUCAGAAGAAGAAGCUUCCGAAACAGCAGAUUUAUCAUCUAUAAUUGAAGUACACUGCUGUUCAAAUUGUAAAUUGCAGUUUCCAAAUUUGAACCACUUUGUUAAAGAGACACUCAGUUACCAGUGUACAUUUUGCCAAGCGAUUUACGCAAGUUUGAUUGCACUGAAUGAUCAUAUGAAAGCGCAUCUAGUCCACGAUGAAACAGGAUUGGUUCAGAAGAAAAAGAUAACAAUGUCUCUGCAUGUCUGCGAGGUAUGCAACACAAAGUUUCCUUCGUUCAAACAGCUGAGGCUACAUAGCCGGAUGCAUGAUCCGGUGAAAACUAAAAAGGUAGACCCUCCAGUUUCUUACAAUAUUAUGGGCGAGGGUAAAAAUGAAAAUCAGGAAAAUGCAGAAAGAGAAGUUUUUCAUUGUCCAGUUUGCAACAAAAUAUAUGAUAAAGAAUACGAGACAGUCCAUUUAAAAUCACACGCAGUGCAACAAAUAAAUAUUUGUUACGUUUGUAACAGGAGAUUCGAAAACAAGGAUAACUUAGAGAUGCAUAUGAAAGCACACACAGGAACAAAAAAAUUCGCCUGUUCUUACUGCAAGAAACCCUUCACCAAUUACGACGCUUUAGAGUAUCACGUGGUGAAUCAGUGUCACAAACGUCAGUACGAAUGUCAGUAUUGUGGCAGGCGAUUUGCACGACCUCAUGAAAAGGUGAAACACGAAAGAAUUCACACAGGCGAGAAACCGCACGUUUGCCAGAUUUGCGGUAAAUCCUUUAGGGUUAGUUACUGUCUAACGUUGCACAUGCGCACUCACUCAGGAAACAGACCGUACUCUUGUCAACAUUGUGGUAAAAGGUUUAAAUCGCAUAGUGUUUACAACCAUCAUUUGUUGACGCAUUCGGAUGAGCGUAACUACAAAUGUCCAUUUUGUGCUAAAGCAUUUAAAACAGCUGUACAACUUGCCGGACAUAAAAAUAGCCAUACCAAACCGUUCCUGUGCAAGGAAUGUAACAGGCCCUUCGCCUCAUUGUACGCUGUAAGAGCCCACAUGGAGACCCACAAAAGGGACAACAAUCUGAGGUUUGACUGUUACAUUUGUGGAGCAAGCUAUGCAAGAUCAUUUGCUUUGAGGGAUCACAUGCUUUCGUCUCACGGAGAAAAUUCAACAGAGGUUCAGCAAGGAGAUAGUAUCGUGGAGAAGGUUGAACAACAAGAAGAAUACACGGUGCACUAUGAACAAGAGGUCGAACAGCAGGAAGUUGAAUUAAUUGAACAUGAAGAAGAAACAGAGCAUGUUAUGGAAGACGAUGCUCAAUGUAAAGUAGUGUCGUCAAAUACAGAAGGCGAAGAUUACGUUGUUCUACACAUGGACAACGAAGUUCAACAACAAGAUGUCAGUGUUUCAACGGAAUGAAUUUUAUUUAAAAAAAAAUAUUUAAAAAAAAAUAUUUAAAAAA